GAAAAAGUUUGUUCCUGUCAAAACUUAAAGAAAACAAUAAAAAUAAUGUAAUUUUUCUAAAUUAUAUAGAAAGAGUGUUGAAACAUGUCGAAUACAAAUUUCGACACCGGAAUUUCGGUUCUGCAAAAGUCCUCGGACCCCAAAACGAUCCAAAAAGCCCUAGGUUGGAUCCGGAAGGAAGUCGAUUGGCCGAAAAAUAAAAACAACGUUGUCAGACUUCGCGACCGAGGAUGUCUCAAACAAAUCACGGCGAUUAUUUUAAAUACGACACACAGGAACUGCAUCGACUUAGCUUUGAGUAUCCUCGGAAAUUGUUUGAUGGAAAGAACGUGCACAACUGAGGUGAUUACUCAGCAUAAUAUCAUGUCAGUGCUAAACCAACUUUUAAAAAAACAUCCGAAAGAAGACAGCAUAAAUGGCAGAACGUUUCGCAUUAUUGGAAAUAUGUGUCAGCACAGGGAACAAUGGUCCACUAUCCUUAUUGAUAAAAAACCAUUUAUAGUUUCCCAUUUGGUGGACAUAGUGAAAAAAGCAUCCAGAGAUGAACUUGAUGAAGGAGAGAGAAUCUCUGAAGCUACGAUAGUGACCUCUAUAAGGGCUUUAAGGGAACUUUUAAAUUGCCACACCAUUACAGCUUUAGUUAUGCAAUUUGGAGCUUUGAAAGCAAUCGGAGCUCUCUUUAUCAAAUAUUGUUUAAAAUGGCAGCAAGAUGAACAAAAUAAAAAAGUACUCCUUGACAUUGUAAGGGUUAUUCAGGAAUAUUCAAAGUUCAACUUGUACCAUGCCAUAUUAGAGAUGCAAAAGACUGAAAGAGGCAAUUCUCUGGUAUACCUUAGCAGCGUAGUAAUUUUAGCACCUAGAAGGAUUGUAAAAAUUGUUAUGAACUAUUUAAGAAGUUGUCAGUUGCAAUCUGAACUGCCUAUAACCGAAAUAUGUGGCGAAUUUAUGCAAGUAUUAGAAAAGCAUUCAAUUGUCAAAGAAUUCAAUGGACAUUAUAGUGAAUACUUGAAAUGUUUGUGCUAUCUAUUAGAUCAUCCAGCUAAUAGAAAUGCUACAAGAUGUGGACAGGCUAUACCUUUGCUUAUGAAAGUCUUGAAAGAAUUUGAAGAAUUAUCAGAUAACAAUGUGGCUGAAUCAUGUAUCCUCCUCAUAAACGCUCUGAACAAAUUCAAACACGACGACCAGCUACUAUUGCUGCAAUUGGAACAAGGCAUAAUACAAAUUCUUAUAGACAAACUUACUUGGAUUGUGGGACCUCCUGAAGUACUGAAUUUAAAACACGCUAGCGAAAGGAAGAGAAAAUAUAUAUUUGGAUUGAGCGGAUUGCGCACUCCUGAAUACAACAAAAGAAAACUGCUUCAUGACGAGACUUUGAAAGAGUGCAGUCCAAGUUCUAGUGAUGACGAUGCAGAUGUUUUCGAUCAGUUUUUGAUAAACAUCCGGUGUCGCAGUUCUUGUUCCAGUUCAGACAGUGAAACAGCUGUUUCCUGGAGCGAGCCCAGUUCAAGUCCAACUAGAUCACUAGUGAAUGAAUCCGAUUCCGAUAAUUAUUCGCCAGUUUGCAGUGAAGCGGACGACACUGAAUUUUUUCAUUCACCACACGAUAAUGAUGAUGCUCCCGUUUCAGAAUUAGAAGAACUGUUUGAUAAUGAUUUCGAAGAUAAGUUACUUUCAGAUGAUAAGAUCAAAAGCAUUUUAACAUCACUUAAAAAUAAAUUGUGCCUAGAAGCAAUUAAAUUACUAAAAUCCUUCAUCAAAUUACAACCGCCCCAACCUCAAUUAGCUAAUGUGGAUCUUUUGAUGCAACUUACCAAAUGUGGCAUCAAUAGGCAGUUUGAUGUCAUCAAUAUUAUAUGUGAUAUAGUCAAAUGUCACCAACAUUUGAUACCAAUAAUUCGAACAGAUUACAUUAAAACUUUAACUGAUAUUGAGGCGACUCCACACGAUUCCUGUACAAAAUGUUCUUUGCAUUCCUAUUUUUCUUCCACAAUUUUGAGAAAAUUCAGCAACACUGCAGAAUGUGGAGCGGGUAAAGGAUAUCUAGCACGUAUGUUGUUGAAAGGUGAUACAGAAGCAAAAGAAAACAUAGUUAUGGUUUUACCAUAUAUCAUUGGAAAUGCAUCGACUCUUGCAAGACUAAUGCUGAAAUACAAAGGCUUAGAUGUUCUAAUGAAACUGUUUCAAGAAAACAAUGAACAAAAUAAUCGUCGUUGCAUUAAAGUUCUUAAUAAGAUUGCCUCAAAUCAAUUAUUGGUCAAUACGAGAAAAUUCUCUAAGCGACCCAAUUGGCCCAAACUAACACCAAACAGCUACAAACUUCCAGUAAAUUGUGAAGCAGUCAUGACUUUGAAAUUUGAUAACGGAGCUCUUAUUAAAGCCGACAGAGACUUUUUAGUGACCAUAUCCCCAUUUUUUGACACUAUGCUCAACGGAAAUUUUAUGGAAAGCGGUCAAAGUGAAAUACAUUUAUCGGAAGUAGAGCCAAAAAACUUCAGCUAUAUGUUGUAUCUGUUGAAAAACAUGGAUAAUACUGAAGUUGAGGUUGAUUUGGAUUUGGAAACUUUGUUGGAUGUGAUAAUGUUGUCUGACAGAUAUCUCAUUAAGGACCUUUGCCUGUUCCUAACUGCAUCAGUAGAACAGUUUCAUAUAUCUUCAGAUACAGUCCCAAUCAUCUACAAGUGGAGUAUUGAAUUUGGUGCCAGUGCUGCUGAUUCUCUCCGACUCCAAUGUGUAGCGUACGCCUUAAUGGCAACUGAUGUAGACCAAUGCGAAAGAUACGCGCUAUUUCAGAGUUUAUUCAAUUUAGGUUACACAGAACGGUUCGUAAGAGAUAUUGAAAGUUUGCUCACAAGUUAUUUGCAUACGAGCGAUUGUAAUCAGAUACUUAGAGAUGUUAAUCCGAGUAAAAGAUAUUUGGAAGGGAGAAUGAGAGAUAAUUUGUUGAAAGAUUAUGUGUGAAUUUUGUGUUAUUUUUUCUAUCAACUCGCUCUUGGUAGACCUAAUUUAAGAAUACCUUUUUGUAAAAUAUGUAUAUUAUUUAAUAUUUUUGAGAAUAUAGGUUUAUUUUAUUAUUUUGGAUUAUUAUAUAUUAUUGUAAAUAAAUAAAAUUACUUUGACAGAAAUGGGCUUUUUUGUGUGACUAACAAUUUUUGCUAUUCAUUCAAUAUUCAUAAAUACACAGGUACCAAAAAUAUAUAUUAUGAAUCCAUCUCAAAAGUAAUCGUCCAAGUAAGAUCUGGUCUGCAUUUGAGGAAAAUGUCGUUUUUCAUGUAAACGACAUGAAUCCAAUUGUGUUACUCGUCGUGGCAGUUCCGGUGGAGCGAAAUCAAUUUGCGACCAAUUAGUCAGAUAUGGAAAAUGCAUUUUCGUUUUUCUUUGCCAGUCUUGUCUUGGAUGCUUUAAAUAAGUCGUGCCUUGGUCGAACACGUCAAAGGUGCAACCUACAAAAAUAAUUGGGAUCUUAGUAGUUUAACAUUUUUAUGCUAUACUUACAUUCCAAUGGAUCCAUGGUGUGGAGUUUAAGUUCAUGAAAUGUAAAUGCUUUUUAUUGAAUUUUGACAUAUAAAUUGACAUUUUUCAAAAUUGAGCAUGCAUUUUUUUUGUUAAAACUGGGUGUAUUAUCAAUAUUUGGCCUCUAAAAGAAUAAAUGUAGAGUCAACCAAUAGCCAGAUUUAAUUAAAAAAAUUUCGUAAAAUGCCUCUCCUGCGAAUCAAGAGCCAAUGAUGAUCAAAAUAUAGAUUCAUGAUUCUCAGUUAAAGUUUUCUGGAGCUCACAAUGCUCAAAGCUUCAGUUAUUACUGGUCUUUCUUCUUGAUUGCCUUGAUAUUUUUAUUAUAUACCAUUAGAACAAAGGUAGUGAAGUGAAGAAGUUAUAGCUAUGGGUAAAUGACAAACAAAGAAUUCAGAAUAAGCCAGAGGACAGUAAGAAAUGAACAGUGGUAAGGUGAUUGCUAUAGUAUGGCAGUAUGAAGUACUGAAAGUAGUGAAAAGUAGGUACCUAUAGGGUCACUCGAGCCUGGGAACUUUUUUGAAACCAACAUAAAACCAGUGAAAAACACUGGUUUGUGCUAGUUUAACUAGUUUUCCCCGUAUCCCCGUUUUUUGAUACUAUGCUCAAUGGAAAUACCAUUAGAACAAAGGCAGUGAAAUGAAGAAUUUAUAGCUACGGGUAAAUACACUAGAAAAUUGAGGUAAGAAUAACACUGAUAAACAAAGAAUUCAGAGUAAGCCAGAGGACAGUAAGAAAAGACCAGUGGUAAGGCGAUUGGUAUGGUAUAGCAGUAUAAAGUACUGAAAGUAGUGAAAAGUAGGUACCUACCUAUAGGGUCACUUGAGCCUGGGAACUUUUUUGAAGCCAGCAUGAAACCAGCUAAUAAACCAGUGAAAAAUGCUGGUUUUGUGCUAGUUUAACUAGUUUUCAAUGGUUUUGUGCUGGUUUUGAAAAAGUUCCCAGGCUCAAAUGACCCUAUAACUACUGUUGUUUUAUUGGUAUAAUAUAUGCAUCCAAUAUAGACUCCUAGAUUAGUUAAUUCUUUUGGGCAUAUGCUCAGCACUCUGCAGCCUAAGGCUUAUUGUGUAUCCUUGCACAUGCCCUAUUCCUCCUACGAUAUAAGAAUUUGAAGCAAACAAGUUAAUGAAAAUAAAUAAUAUCACUUUUUGGUUCACUCUAAUAAUAUAGAUUUCUUUUAUUAUUAUAAUGUAAUACAAAAUAUGUUAAUUUUUGCGGUAGGCGUUAAAGAACUAGUAAGAGCACUUAUGUAUGUACUUUACAAAAAAUAUAAAAAUAAAAAUACAUAUUCUAAUUAAACCAAAAUAUAAACUUAUGUAUAAUAUUUUAUUUACAAUAACACCAUAAUCCGUCCAACCUUUAAUUUGUUGUAAUGCUCAUUUACAUUUAUCAACAAAUUUCAAGCUGUGGGCGAUUUUGACUAUUGAGAAUAAAAUAUAUAACAAAUCAUAAUCAAAUUAACAAAAAUAUUCUUUGUCACUGAAAGCUUUAAGUAAGUUUGCAUAAACAAAAUAAGUGCUGCUUUAUAACUUAGUUUAAAAAAAUUCAUAAUAAUAAUAAUAUACCUAUUCAAAGUAAUAACAAAAUUAAAUGCUUAAUACCAUAUUUAAUUAGGUAUUACUAGAGUACCCAAAAUACAAAAGUUUUCUUAACAAAUACUGAACUGUGACAAAAUGAUGUAUUUAAAUUUCUUGUUUUGUCAAUAUAAACUACAUCAUUAAAACUUGACACACACUUCUUAAGUGCAUGUAUUUACACCCACCCAAAAUAUAAAUAUUUGGAAGUGUGAUUUCUUCAGUUGUGGUUUUUGUGAUUUUGUUGGGACUUAAAAUAAAGAGUUUGGGUUAGUACUAUACAUAUAAUAAUAUGGUAAAGUAAGAAAAUUUGACUAGAAAUAAAUGGGGUUUUUCUUUUCGUCCAAGGGACCAGAAUUCAAAUUUCAAUAAAUUCCUUAUCCAAGGAAAUUACCAGGUCAGGUACACAAUUACAAAUUUGUGCUUUAUCACCAUGGAUAUAUCUGUAACUCAAAACAUAAUAUAAUGGUGGAGAAAAAUAAAGUAACUUAAACAUAAGAAAUAACAAAACUUAAAAUAUAUCUAUAAUAUAGAAAAAUCACAAAAUGCUGCCAGUGUCACUAAUAAUUUUAUCCUUGUAGAAAAAAAAAAUAUGAGUCAUUCAAAAAAAUAAGCUGCAAAAUAACAUAAAUCUAAAAAAAAGAAACACCAGUUUCGCUCCUGGAACAGAAGAUUAUUGCCAAGAUUCCGCCCUGUUACUAUUAUUCUGUUCAGAUUGAUUUUGUACUGGAGUCGUGAAAAGCAAAUUUACUGAUAUAAACAAGGGAUAAUGCAUAUUAUCUUCGUCUAAUGUCAUCAGUUUCACUUCUUCGCCUUUGGUCAAACUGAGAGUUUGUAUAUCUGAUUGCUUCAUGCAGGCAAUUUGUUUUU